GUCAAACCAUGGUACUGCUACUCGCUUGUGCAUUUAGAACGGUAGAGCGGGAAGCUAAAAUGAAUCUCUAAACCAGAAACAUACAAGUAGACCUGUCAUAACAGUAUAACAAAACUCUAAUACUAGCUUCCGUGUGUCUACACGUCAAUAAAAUGUUGAAUUUUUCAAAUGCCAGCCUGGUCUUAGUGGUCUCGUACGAGUAUAAAUUCUCGAUCUUGCCUUCGUUAAUCUCUCCGUUCUCUUACCUCUCAACCAUUACUUCCAAAUUCAAAAUGCGCUUCCCUAUGCCCCCCAUAAAUGGUACGGCCAUUGCGGCAAUCCUUCACCAUGCAACUAGGAAUGCAUCCGCUCACGUCUCCGAUGCCACAUCCCAACGAGAUGACAUUGCUCCACAUCAAGAUCACGCAAUCGUCAAAGAACACCACUACCAACCUCCAGGAUUUCUCGGUAUACCACCAGUCUUCGGCGAGAACAUACUCAAAGCGCUCGCUAUUGUCAUCGAAAGCCACCCCGACAAUCACACCAACGGCACCGACCAUCCCCUCCUUGUCGCCAUGAACGCUACCAUCCACUCCAUUCUGAACCCAACAAACCUUACUGUCACCUUGAGCAACUCUACCGAUGACAAGCUUGAACCUCGAGGAAGUCCGUAUGCUUGGGAGAAAAGCGGCGGCAGACGUCUGCCACCUUGUCCCGGAUGGCCUGCCAAGCAGAGGUAUAACGCUACUCAUUGGAGGGAGUGGACCUUCUUCCACGGUUAUGAGUACGGACUACUUGAUCCUAAAUGCCCAGUGUCCAAUGGUGGCGUAGGAAUAUAGAUGUACUGUACAUAGUACACUGGAGACCAGCCGAUGUAUUUAAGCUUGGAGUUGAAACACGAGAACUUUCCAGGUGGAAUUUAGAAUACAUUGUUGUUUCCUUCUGAAAACCUAGUCCGCGUGAUAAAUAUUCUAAUACUUGAAUGGAGAGGAUCCUCAUCGAGAAGUGAAUAUCAAAGACAAACCUGGCAGAAAAAGAGGAAAAGUCACUCAUGUUGUGCGAGAAGCUUCGCCCAAUCUGGAAGGUGGGGUUACUGCACUUCUGCAGACCCAACUGCAACCAUUUAUCAAGUUGAAAGUUUGGAUGCAUCUCACGACAUUCUUCAUGAAAGUACUGUCUGUAGUCGUGUGUUU